GUCAGCAUUGACCGAUAGUGGGAUUCGAUGGCCGCGAGGGUGUAUUCAGUGGUCGCGUUUGAAAAGCCUUGAAUUAAAUCAUGAUUCCUGGAUCAUCGUUGGUUCUAUUUGCAGCUUUCAGUGUUAGUUUAUGUGAUGACGGUCAUGAAAUGGAAGAGUUUUUAAAGAGAGAGUAUUCACUGUCCAAGCCUUACCAGGGUAUCGGUGUGUCGGGUUCGUCUCACUGGGAGCUGAUGGGAGAUGCUCUGGUCACCACCGAUUAUGUGCGUCUCACUCCAGACCAGCAGAGCAAACAAGGAGCAAUAUGGAGCCGAAUACCUUGUCAUCUGAGGGACUGGGAACUACAGGUUCAUUUUAAGAUUCACGGCCAAGGGAAGAAGAAUCUGAACGGUGACGGUCUGGCCAUAUGGUACACCAAAGAGCGCAUGCAAAAAGGUCCAGUGUUUGGAAACAGGGAUUUCUUCACAGGACUUGGCGUGUUUGUGGACACUUACCCCAAUGAGGAGAAACUCCUGGAGGCCCAGAGAAAGAGAUACACGCCCCGCACACAGAGGAUAUUCCCAUACGUGUUGGCCAUGGUGGGCAAUGGCACCAUCAGCUAUGAUCACGAGCGGGACGGGCGGCCCACAGAACUGGGCGGCUGUAACGCCAUGGUGCGCAACCUGAAGCAUGACAGCUUCCUGUUCAUGAGAUAUGUCCGGCGCAGACUCACGAUCAUGCUGGAUAUCAACGGGCAGCAUGAGUGGAGAGACUGUCUGGAUGUUCCCGGCGUGCGUUUGCCGCAAGGCUUCUACUUUGGCGUCUCGGCUAUCACUGGAGAUCUGUCAGAUAACCACGACCUGAUCUCCAUGAAGCUGUACCAGCUGACCAUCCUACGCAGCAAACAGGAGGAUGAGGAGGAGGAGAUGGUGCUGAUACCCAGCGUGGACAACAUGGAACUGCUGAGAACUUACGCAGAUGUGGAGGGCAUGAGCAGCAUCGCCAUUUUCUUCAGCGUGCUCUUCUCUAUGCUGGGUGUGUUUCUGCUGGUGGUAGUGGGACUCGUGCUGUACGGACACUGGAGCGAAAGCAGACGGAAACGCUUCUACUGACCCGCUCUCGUCUUAGCACUUCCUGUCUGAAUGUUUCCACACUGUAUGAAUGACGUGAUCCACUGAAGUUCUGACCGUAUGGACCUCUGAACACUUGCCAUCAGGUUUCAGCUACAGUAGAGAUCAUACAUGAUGAUAAGAACAUCAAGAGAUCUGAACACUCCCAGUAUCCUCUGCUUCUGCAGCCUUUAUUCUCACAACAGAUGCCAUAUUUAUUCUUUAUUAUUUAUUUAUUGUACAGGACAUGUACCAUCUUGUUUUUUUGCCAAAAUGAUUGUCUGUCUCGAUUCAAAUGGGAAAUCUAGAUCUUAUGGAAUCUAUAUUAAAGUUUUGUUGCUUUAA